CAGUCCUGUUCACAAAAAAUUCAAUUGCAAGAAUUUAACAUUUGAAAAUUUACUAAACUAUGGAAUCAUCUUCAAAUUGCAACUCCGGUGGUAUUCAUGAUACCACGAUGGAAGAUUGGCAGGACGAAAGUGCCGUUGAGCAGGAGACGAUUGCCAUGAUGCGACACUUUGGCAUGAUGUCCAUGACUGACAGACGUCUGUCACCAAUACCGGACAUUGAAGAGCCUUUACCAUCCAUGAUAUUGAUUGAAAACCAUAAUUUACCGUACAUCCUUGGUCCCAGUUGCUUUGAGCCGGGCAGGAAGAUAAAUAACAAUCAGUUAGAACUGAAGCCGCAACAUUCUUCGAAGCUUAAGAAUUGGAAAGAUAUUAUUGUGAAUGGGCGUCGUCGUCCACUUCCAGAUCAAGGGGAAGUUCACGAAAAACGGCGUAAGAUGGAUGAUUAUUAUCAUCACUAUUAUUAGGAGUUGACAUGCAGAUUUAAAGAUGCUUAAAUUGAUGUAAUUUCAGUUUUUCAAAUGUAUUAAUUCAAUGAAUUUAUAAAUAUGCAACUAUUAUUAUACAUAUGUCCGCAUAA